GACAUCGACUGCUCUCAAAUAAUGAGGACCCUUUUGUUGUCCUAUGCCAGAAGCUAUAAGGCUUUUCACAGACUGCAGCACAGCCCAUGUUGUCUGACACAGAAGAGGUUCACUGUGUUGAGAUGCAUGAGCUCACAUGUCUGCAGAGAAGACAGGAGUUACUACAUUACAACUCCCAUUUUCUACGUCAAUGCUUCUCCUCAUUUAGGCCACCUGUAUUCAGCUGCGAUUGCUGACUGCCUACACAGAUACAAACUACUGAAGGGGUUCAACUCUAAGUUUGCAACAGGUACAGAUGAGCAUGGUUUGAAAAUCCAACAAGCCGCUGAAGCUGCAGGAAAAGACCCCCUGCAGUUCUGCACUGAUGUCUCUCUGAGAUUCAAACAUCUCUUCAGCAGCUGCAGUAUUUCGUAUACAGACUACAUAAGAACCACCGAGCUGAGACACAGAGAGGCAGUGGAGCAUUUCUGGUCAGUACUCUGGAACAAAGGUCUCAUCUACAAAGGGAGCUAUGAAGGCUGGUACUCCACCCAAGAUGAAAGCUUCCUCACACCAUCGCAGGUGGGAGACGCUUUUGACUCAUCAGGGAAGGAGAUCAAGGUGUCGCUGGAGAGUGGCCAUAAGGUGGAUUGGAUGAUGGAGGAGAACUACAUGUUCCGUCUGUCUGCGUUUCAGUCCCAGCUUCUGGACUGGCUCAGGGGAAAUCCUUGCGCCAUACAGCCUGAACGAUUCUACCACGCCGUUCUCCAGUGGCUGCAGUCGGACCUUCCCGACCUCUCAGUGUCCCGUCAGAGAAACCGCCUCCAGUGGGGCAUCCCUGUGCCUGGUGACCUCGAACAAACCAUCUAUGUGUGGCUGGACGCUCUGGUGAACUACCUCACAGUUGCCGGCUAUCCAGAGACGCAUGACAAAUGGUGGAGCGUUGCCCAUCACAUUGUUGGAAAGGACAUUUUAAAGUUUCAUGCCAUCUACUGGCCGUCUUUUCUCCUCGGGGCGGGGCUGCCACUGCCAAAGACAAUAUAUGUCCACUCUCACUGGACCGUCGGAGGGAAGAAGAUGUCUAAAAGUUUGGGUAAUGUGGUGGAUCCUAUUGAACGCUCUCAGAUGUUCACAACUGAUGGCAUGAGGUACUUUCUUUUGCGUCAAGGUGUCCCAGACGCAGACUGCGAUUACACAGAUGACAAAGUGAGGAAGCUUCUGAAUGCAGAGCUCGCUGACUCUCUUGGUGGUCUUCUUAACCGAUGCACAGCUCCAGCUCUUAACCCAGGUCAGGCCUACCCGUCGUUCUGCUCUCAGUCCUUCCCCAGAGAUCAAGGAGGCCGGGCAGUAGCUGAAGACUACCACAUGCUGGAUGCUGUAAAGAAUCUCCCAUCUGUUGUAGAAGAGCACUAUGAGAGCAUGCAUGUAUACAAAGCUCUGGAGGCCAUCAUUGCCUGUGUGAGGCAGACCAAUGGAUUCAUUCAGCGCCACAAACCCUGGAAUCUGGACCGGGGGAAGACUAAAGACCAGCAAUGGCUAGAAACCGUUAUCCACGUCACACUUGAGUGCCUGAGGAUUUAUGGCACUCUCCUCCAACCAGUUGUACCAGAGAUUUCAAACAAACUGCUCUCCAGAAUCGGGGUGCAACCUGGCGAAAGGAGCUGGGGAAACACUGACUUCCUGCCAAAAUUUCAGGGAAAGGACUGUCCAUUUGAAGGAAGAGCGCUAGGAUCUGACUUUGGAGUGCUUUUUAGUCGCUUGGAAAGUCCAAAUGCAGAUAAACAAAAACCAAAGCCGACAAAAAAGGCAGCAAGAUCAAAAUGAGGAAAUGUUUUACUGCUUCCUGUACACAGAUGAAAAAAUAAAAAUAAAAGGCUUCUGGCUGUUUUCACUUAA